GCGGUGCGGGGCCUAGGCCGCGGCGGGUCGGCGCCGCCAUGGCCGCCUCGGCCUCCGGCGCGGCGGCGGGCCCCGCGGAGGGGUCGUGCGUGCUGUGCUGCGGAGAGCUGGAGGUGGUGGCGCUGGGCCGCUGCGACCACCCCAUCUGCUACCGGUGCUCGGUGCGGAUGCGGGCGCUGUGCGGCGUGCGGUACUGCGCGGUGUGCCGGGAGGAGCUGGGCCAGGUUGUCUUUGGACGGAAGCUUACGUCUUUCUCAACUAUAGCACUUAACCAGUUGCAGCAUGAGAAGAAAUAUGACAUUUAUUUUACGGAUGGAGAUGUUUAUGCAUUGUACAGGAAGCUGCUGCAGCACGAAUGCUCUUUGUGUCCAGAUGUGAAGCCAUUCAACACCUUUGCAGAUCUGGAACAGCACAUGAGGAAGCAGCAUGAACUCUUCUGUUGCAAACUCUGUGUUAAACACUUAAAGAUUUUUACUUAUGAACGGAAGUGGUAUUCUCGUAAGGACCUCGCCCGUCACCGAAUCCAUGGAGAUCCAGAUGACACCUCUCAUCGUGGGCAUCCCCUGUGUAAAUUUUGUGACGAGCGUUAUUUGGAUAAUGAUGAGUUACUGAAACACCUAAGACGAGAUCAUUAUUUUUGUCACUUCUGUGACUCUGACGGUGCUCAGGAAUACUACAGUGAUUAUGAAUACCUUCGUGAACACUUCCGCGAAAAGCACUUCCUUUGCGAAGAGGGACGGUGCAGCACAGAACAGUUUACCCACGCUUUCCGCACCGAAAUAGAUUAUAAAGCGCACAAAACAGCCUGCCACAGCAAGAACAGGGCAGAGGCCAGGCAGAACCGGCAGAUAGACCUUCAGUUUAACUAUGCUCCUAGGCACCAGAGGAGGAAUGAGGGUGUUAUAGGUGGAGAGGACUAUGAAGAAGUUGACAGGUAUAACAGGCAAGGGAGGUCGGGCAGAUUGGGCGGCCGAGGAAGUCAGCAAAACAGAAGAGGCAGCUGGCGAUACAAGAGAUCUCUGUGUGGCCAGACUGAGUGCUUUGGAAAAAGAAGAGGGGAGGAAGAAGACAGAGACGUUGCAGCGGCAGUCAGGGCGUCUGUAGCAGCUAAACGGCAAGAGGAGAAAAAACGGGUAGAAGACAAAGAGGACAGCAGCAGUAGAGGUAAAAAGGAGGACUUGAGGGAUUCUGAAGUGCUCAGCUCCAAACGUGUGCCAAAGUCUUCAAAUGAUGCUACAGAAGCAGCUGCUAAUGGUGCUUUAAGCCAAGAUGACUUUCCAGCAAUUGGUUCAGCAGCGGGACCUCUGCAAGGCUCUGCCCAGCUAGCAGCGGUUAAGCUUAAAGAAGAAGAUUUCCCAAGCUUGUCAUCCUCUGCAGCACCCACCAUCUCUUCUGGGAUGUCUUUGACGUAUACAGCGACUGCAAAGAAAACAGCUUUCCAAGAGGAGGAUUUUCCAGCUCUGGUGUCCAAAAUGAGGCCUAACAAUAAAACAGUAACUAACAUCACAUCUGCAUGGAACAAUGGUUCCAAUAAAAAUGUGGUCAAAGCCAUCAGCAACCCCUGUGUAAACCAGAUAGCCAAAAAAACAUCCUCCUUGAAUAGCACUAAAGGAAAUAAGAAGAGCAAUAAACUCUCUCAGUCAGACGAUGAAGACAGCGGUAGUGGCUUGACAACCCAGGAGAUCAGAAACACGCCGACAAUGUUUGAUGUAUCGUCCUUGCUGGCAGCUUCUACCUCACAAACUUUUACGAAAGUGAGCAAGAAAAAGAAGGUGGGGGUUGAGAAGCAGAGACCGUCGUCCCCACACGUGUUACAGGAGACGUCGUUUCCCAGGUCAUCGACUGAAAAGCUGCCAGAAGCCGAGCAGGCAGCAAACGCAUCCUCUGCUCUUCACGCCCCUGACAGAUCCGCAACUGUCAUGAAUGGUCAUUUGGAAAAAUCGUUAGUGAUCUGUAGUACACCCAAAGAGCCCCCUGGCCUUAAAAAGCCCACAGUGACUAACAAAUGCCCUUUACCUCAGGAAGACUUCCCAGCUCUUGGGAGCUCAGGAUCAGCUAGAAUGCCCCCGCCACCAGGCUUUAACACUGUGGUGCUAUUAAAGAGUCCUCCUCCGCCUCCGGGACUGUCGGUGCCUGUUAGUAAACCCCCUCCAGGUUUUGCUGUUAUUCCAUCCACCAAUAUCUCUGAACCUGUCACUACAUCUUUGAAAGAGCCAAAAUCCUGUCACGGAUCGUACUUGAUACCGGAAAACUUUCAGCAAAGGAAUAUUCAGCUAAUACAAUCUAUUAAAGAAUUUCUUCAAAGCGAUGAGUCCAAGUUCAAUAAAUUUAAAACUCAUUCUGGGCAAUUCAGACAGGGUCUGAUUUCUGCAGCACAGUAUUACAAAAGUUGCCGAGACCUGCUUGGAGAUAACUUCAAGAAAAUUUUUAACGAGUUGUUGGUGUUGUUGCCGGACACAGUUAAGCAACAAGAACUGCUUUCUGCUCACAACGAUUUCAGAAUCAAAGAAAAACAAAGCUCAAACAAACCCAAAAAGAACAAAAAGAAUGUUUGGCAGACGGACUCCAACUCUGAUCUCGACUGCUAUAUCUGCCCAACGUGUAAGCAAGUACUAACUCAGAAGGACGUUGUCACCCAUAAAGCUUUGCAUAUUGAGGAUGAGGAGUUCCCUUCCUUACAAGCGAUCAGCAGAAUCAUCAGUUAGCUUUCCUGGCGACCAAUAAAGCAGUCUCUGUCUC